AUGGCAUCAAUAAGGUGCUUGACCGUUAAUCACCGUCAUCAUCAUCAUCAUCCACGGUUGAGUUCAAGUUCAAGUUCAAAACCCAGCAAAAGCACAACCCAAGUAGUAGACAAGGCAGAGCAAGUGGUUCGAGUUUCAGUUCCCAUUUCCUCAUUGAUUUCAAGAAGAUGUGCGAUUCUGAUCACUUGGCUGCCUCUGAGCCUCAUUUCAGCGUCUCCGCCUUCGGAGGCCAGAGAGAGACGCAACAGGAAAGUCAUUCCUCUUGAAGACUACCGCACUACCCCAGCUGAUGGAUUGAAAUAUUAUGAUUUGGUUGAGGGGAAGGGUCCAGUAGCUGAGAAAGGAUCAACGGUUGAGGUUCACUUUGACUGUUUAUAUCGCGGGAUUACGGCUGUAUCAAGCAGGGAAUCUAAACUCUUAGCUGGAAAUCGUAGUAUUGCCCAGCCAUACGUGUUCAAAGUCGGAGCUCCUCCUGGGAAAGAACGAAAGCGUGAGUUUGUGGACAAUGCAAAUGGUCUAUUUUCUGCACAAGCUGCACCAAAACCCCCUCAAGCAAUGUACUCGGUAACUGAGGGGAUGAAAGUAGGGGGGAAGCGAACUGUGAUUGUUCCUCCUGAGGCUGGGUACGGUCUAAAGGGCAUGAAUGAGAUCCCUCCUGGAGCGACAUUCGAGCUAAAUUUGGAGCUUUUGCAAGUGAUUCCACCUGAAGGAAAGUGA